CGGUGCUCCUCGGGACUCGCAGUCCCAUAGCCGUGCCGCGGCGGCCGCACGUGUGCUCGCAGCCGGGCCGGGCCGUGCUGUGCCUGCCGCCAUGCCCAAGGCGCGGACCGGGAAGCGGCCGCGGCGGGAGCGCCCCGAGGGGAAGGCUCCCGGGAUCCUCUUCAACACCGGCGCCGGGCAGCACAUCCUGAAGAACCCGCUCGUCGUCAACAGCAUCAUCGAGAAGGCUGCCUUGCGACGUACAGAUGUCAUUCUGGAGGUCGGCCCUGGAACUGGUAACCUGACAGUAAAAAUGCUAGAGAAAGUAAAAAAAGUUAUUGCCUGUGAAAUUGACCCUAGGCUUGUGGGUGAACUUCAGAAGAGAGUCCAGGGCACGUGUCUGGCAAACAAACUCGAAAUCAAGGUUGGAGACGUCCUGAAAACAGAGUUACCAUUCUUUGAUGCGUGUGUAGCUAAUUUACCUUACCAGAUUUCCUCACCAUUUGUUUUCAAGUUGUUACUUCAUAGACCUUUUUUCAGGUGUGCAAUACUUAUGUUUCAAAGGGAAUUUGCACUUCGUUUGGUUGCAAAACCAGGAACUAAGCUAUACUGCAGACUUUCUAUUAAUACUCAGUUAUUAGCUCGAGUGGACCAUCUGAUGAAGGUUGGAAAGAACAACUUCAGGCCUCCUCCCAAAGUGGAAUCCAGCGUUGUCAGAAUAGAGCCAAAGAACCCACCACCCCCUAUCAACUUUCAGGAAUGGGAUGGUCUGGUAAGGAUAGCCUUUGUUAGGAAAAACAAGACACUCUCUGCAGCCUUUAAGUCAAGUGCUGUAGAGCAGUUGCUGGAUCAUAAUUACCGAAUUCAUUGUUCCUUACAUAAUACAGAAAUACCUGAAAACUUCAAAAUUGCAGAGAAAAUACAGACAGUCCUAAAAGAUACGGGUUUCUCUGAAAAACGAGCUCGUUCAAUGGAUAUAGAUGACUUCAUUAGACUGUUGCAUGGCUUCAAUUCAGAAGGCAUCCAUUUCUCAUAGAUUCUACCGGAAGAGUGAAAGAUCUUUAUUUUCUUAUCUAAGCCUUACUGAAGCCACAGUGACUGCAGAGAGAUGAGCUCUUCUCACAAAAGCAACAGAAUACAGAGUGCACACUGGUUCUUAUUAAGAACAUUACAAACAAUUUUAUCACAGGUAAUAAAUAGGCAAGAAGAUGCUGCUCUGUAUUUUAAAAGCGUUAAAUUCUUUCAGGACUGAAGUGAGAUGCUGGACUUCCACACAACAGAGUAUGUUUAAAGUUAACCGGUGACAUGCAGAUUGAUGGUGCCAUAACUGAAAUCUGCUCAUGACCUUGAUCUCAGUACAUUCUUGUAAUACUUACAGUAUAACUUAUAAGUCUGUGUUUAGAAACAAAAAUGGAUUUGUAGUCAUUCCGCUUUGUUUCUGUUUCUUUUAAAAUAUAUGUAAACACUUCCUUUUGA